AACCGCGGCGGGUGUGCGCGGUUCGACCAGUGGCGCGGCGCCGGCGUCGUUGUUUGAACGACCGAGAGGAUAAGCGUGCGUGCAUCACCGAGUGCCAUGGGGUCCCAUCUGCGGACCUGCGACGCCGCAGCUUACUCUGUUCGUUCACUGUGUUGGAGCACUGCCGCGCUCGUUCUCUGCUAUGUCAUCGGCCACGCCGGACUGUGCAAUGGCUUGCGGUUGGUGCGGUUGGACAUGCCCAGCGCGGUGAUCCGCGGUGACCCUCUCUGGCUUAACUGCACGUUCGACCUCGAGUCAGACGAUCUGUAUUCCGUGAAAUGGUACAAGAACAACAGGGAGUUUUUCCGGUACCUGCCCAACGAGAACCCACCGGGACAGGCAUACAGGUUGUCUGGAGUCUACGUGGACGCGAGCCGCAGUUCUGUUGGGAGCCUCUACCUGAAAGAGACAGACCUCAAGUCGGAGGGCCUGUACGCGUGCGAAGUGUCGGCCGAUGCACCUUCCUUCCAGACAAUUCGCUCGGAAAAGGAACUGAAGAUCUACGUCUUACCAAAAAAGGGCCCCGAGAUUCGCGGCACCAAGCCACAUUACAGGUUCGGAGACGCUGUGAACGUAACCUGCCGAGCAGACGCAUCAAAACCGCCCGCAGUACUGGUGUGGUACAUCAAUGGUGAACAGCUGCCCCCAUCGCUCGAGAAAGUGCACCCCAUCCUCCGCGACGAAGACCAACUGUACCACUCGUCCCUAGGAAUGACUUUCACGGCCGAGCCCCGCCACUUCCCCUACGGCAUCAUGAAACUAAAAUGUACGGCCACUGUGUCCGAGGCGUACUCGUUAUCCAGCGAAGAGAUCGUCGCUGCGCAGGACGCCAAAAGCACGCGCUCCGGGGAUGACAAGCCCUCGAUCACGGGAGGCCAGGCGAGCUACCACGUUGGCGACCUGGUGAACGUGACCUGCAGCUACUCUCGAUACGGACGACCCGUAGAACUCCAAUGGCAGCUCAAUGACAGAGAGGCGGGUGCACCCAUUUCCUUUUGA